ACCUAUCAUAUUAAUCUCUGCUUCGGCUUUAAAGAACAUCUUUCGUUGGGAGCCGGCAAUCGGUUGGCGUGGCGCUUAUUGGACUAUUGGUAUCACUCCGUAUACCAUCUCUGCCGCUUUCCGUUUGUUUAUCUGUCUCUCUCUCUCUCACUCGUAUUGUUCAAAGCUUAUACCUGACAAAACAAUAUGCUAUUAUAGUGUAUACUAGGCUUAUAUAUAUACCUAUAAACUAGAGAUAAAUUAUCACAGUAUAUAACUAUAUUUUAUAUACACACCUCGUGUGUUUAAAGGUGUCAUAUAGUAUUAAAAAGGUACGAAUAACAGUCUAUAAACUGUCAAAAAAUGUCUACGACGAAACACUUAAAGCAUUUAAAAAAUCUGAAGAUCGAUGAAGUGGAUGAGAAUAUUGAGGAAUUGGAGGUGGUCGUGGAUGAUGUUUUUCCCGCGUUAGUUGGCACCGUGGUGGUGUCAUUGAUUAUUUUGGGAAUAUUUUUAAGUCGUUUGUACAUCAGAUGGUCUGUCGACUGCUCCAGUAAAAACAAAAUGACAGGAAAAACCAUCGUGAUUACAGGUGCUAAUACAGGAUUAGGACGAGCAACAGCUACAGAGUUAGCUAAAAGAGGCGGGAGAGUUAUCUUAGCUUGUCGUGAUAAGGUCAAAGGGGAAGCCGUCGCACGUACCAUCAGAAGAAAGGUGAACAAUCAGAAUGUUAUAGCUAUGAAAUGUGAUCUUGGGAAUUUGAGAGCCAUCAAGGAUUUUGCUACCGAACUCUGUGAAAAUGAGAGAGAAGUCAACGUGCUGAUUAACAAUGCAGCCUAUAUGGGACCAAAGGGCAGUACAGCGGAUGGUCUGGAGAAAUGUUUUGGUGUGAACUACUUAGGUCAUUUCUACCUGACGUGGUUGCUACAAGAAAAGCUAAGAAAGAGCGCACCUGCCCGUAUUAUCAAUGUGACGUCAGAUUCCUAUGUUAAGGGUAAACUCGACUUUGAUGAUUUGGCAAUGACGAAGAGUUAUACCAUCUUUGACGCCUAUUGCAGAAGUAAACUGGCUAUGGUCGUCUUCAACCAAGAAUGUCACCGCCAUUACAGCACCGGUGUUAUUUUCAGCUAUGCCGUACACCCAGGAGCAGUAAGCACCGAUCUGUUGAGAAACUGGCCAGGACUGACAGGUAAUAUCCUCCGAGCAGCCUCCCGUGUUCUCUUCAAAAGUCCCGAACAAGGUUGUCAGACCAUCGUCCACUGUGCUAUUGCUGACAAGAUUCGAGAACAUUCCGGCAAAUUGUUUGUAAACUGCCGACAAACCAAAGUGAAAGAUUUCGUCAAAGACAAAGAGCUUGGCAAGAAGUUGUGGAACGUGAGUCUUCAUCUCUGUGGAUUAGAUUCAGAGAUUGUUGAAGACCCUGAACCCGAUGUUGCCGCUGCAGGAGCAACUGAGAUUCCCGAAGCUGCUAAAGCCGCCAAAGAAGCAGAGAGACCAGCUGCACCACAACCAUCUAAACCUGCUUCACAGCCCCAACAAGCGCAACAGCCUUCUGCCUCCGCUCAAUCUAACGAAAACCAGGAGUAAAAUAGCUGCAAUGAUUUGAUCUUGGAAAGCAGAUCUUUUAUGACAAAGCUGGUUGUUUAAAACCAAGCGUCCGGUAGUAUUUUAGUACGGAAGUUGUUCAUAGUACCAUCAAAUCAGAUGAAUUUGAACAGCGUAGCUACAAAUGGCUUUAGGCAGCAAUACAAAUUUAGGUCGUGGCACCGGUAUUCAAUUUAGGACAUCAAUGUCGUAAAUUGUAACCUUUGGCUAGACACUAUGCUUUAUUGGUUUCUGUAGGUUUAGGCAGCGAUCGUUUGUAGUUAUAGGCGUUUGGUUUUAGUUAGAGAAAUUGGUUUUAGGUCGGACGACUGUCUCUUAGAGACUCGCUCUUUAUGUAGGCCCGUCGCCAUCUUCUUUAGGCAAACAAAUAGGCCAUCGUGUAGGAGCGUUUAUUCCAGCUCUUUGAAAGUGGGCAGUUUCAUGUAUUGGAAAGUUGUCUGGGAUAUCGUCAAGUAUGAAUUUCAACAUUAGUAACACUGUGAUAUUAUUGAUAAAUAACGUUUAUAAUAUUUUAAAAGUUUAUAAACUUCUGUGAACUUUCUUUUUAUCAAUGCCCUAUUUUUGAAAACAGGAAAAUUUAUGAGGAAAAUAUUGCAAGUACAUUGAGUCAGUCCACUUUUUCUGUUCCUUAUGCAUAAUUCGUGGCAAUAUUUCUCUUUUACGAAAAGUUUAAAAUGAAAGGAUAACCAAAGAAAUGCAUCUUGAAGAUAUUCAUAAUUAUAAAAGAAAUUUAAUCUAACCCAAUCAUCUAUUGGGCACAGUAGGCUUACCUAUAUUAAUACUAGGAUGAUAUAAAGGGAAUUUUGUGUUGGAGAUUAAAGGACACGAGAGGAAUGAGUAAGUGCCUUAAGAUAAAAAUAAUUAAAUAAGUCCGUAGAGUGUGCCAAUCAAAAUUUGGUUAACUUUACCGUGGUAUUUUCUAAAUUAAAGAUGCAUUAUGUAAGAGCUAAAUCUGCCCAUUGCAGGUUUUUCUUUUGGCCUCCCGAUUCCCCGGUUGUACGUGACAAGGAGAAGGGUCGCCUGUCCAACCUCGUGGGUUUUCUCCGGGUCCACCGGUUUCCUCCCACUGCUAAAGAUCCCUACGCGCAAGCAAAUUAUUGAAAAAAAAAUUGAACCAUAUGUAAGUCCUGAAAUGACCUAACGACAACCCUAUAACCAACUCUCUUGAGCAUCGGGUGGCUGAGAUUUAAAUGGAUUUAAACAUUCGCGAGAUUUAGAAAUUUAACGAUAAAAGGACAAUCGAGGCUAAGUCUGGUUGUCAAAUACCAUUGCUACGAUAAUGAACGAUCCUCAAACAGUCGUAACUUCGUUCAAAAUAUAGUAAUUUGAAUGAAAUUUUCAAUAUAUUCAUUUUUCAUUAUCUGUUUUUGAACUACUGUAGCAAGAACGGCCAGCUCUUUAUCUAAAUCUAACAUAAUGCAUCUUUAAUUGUUAUUAUAUAACUCAUAAAACUGUAAAUAUGAUACGAUAAUAUCUUGUUCUAUCCAACCAGUUUAUGCACUUUUCCACAACAAUGUAUGCACUUUUCCAAGAAAAUUUAUGCACCCUUGCAAAACCCGUGUUUCUAUAUUUUUUUUAUUUCUUUGUCUUUUGUGCAAUUUUUAUACUAGCCAUGGAUUGUUUCCCAUUUCUUAUACUCUCAGGGGAUGUUCGAUUGUCAGUCAGGAACGUUCCGAAUUGACGGAAUUGCAAUCGAAUGACAAGGAAUUCAGUCCGGUCACAGUUCUGUCAGUUCCGACAACUGAUGUGGUGUGAGUAGAAUCGUGACGUAAUUAAACACAACUAACAUGUUUCAGCUGUCAUGGUUGGUUGAGAUAUUUUCUUAUAUAUGCAGUCGGCGCAUGCGUUCUAGCCCCAAAUCCCCAUUUUCACUCGAUUUACACCAUUUUUUUGGGUUUGCCAGAACGUUCAAUCGAGCAUCCCCCCUCAGUAUCCACAUUCGGAGUUCUUUUAGAUUCUGACUUGGAAAUAACGUUUUUAGGUCUACCUGAAAAUCUCGCCGUCGCCAAUGAUAGAGUGAUAGAAAAGAGGUUAUAUACCCUAUCGGCCCCCACCCCCCAGUGAACUGCCUAUCAGUUUUAACUUUAUAGGCAAAUCUUUGUCGGCACCAGAGGAAUUGUGACUGUCAUAAAUUGAAUUUGUGUCUGACAUUGUCAGUGACCGGUGCCUUAUUUCCAGGCUUAGACUUAUUUCACCCGACUUUAUAACACCUGUGUUACUGGGACUGGAACUUAUUUCACCCGACUUUAUAACACCGGUGAUACUGGGACUUAUUUCACUUGUGUUACUGGGACGUGAACUUAUUUCACUAGACUCUAGUGUGUAUAUAUACAUAUAUUUAAUGAGUUGUGUGCGUUUGAUGUGUAUUUUUGUAAAACAAAAAAAAAAUAUUAUAAUUAAUUGUAGAGUAUGAAGAGACUAUGCAAUUCUAUUUGCCUUUGAGCCUUGAAUGGAAGGUUAAAACCAUGGGUAGUUACAUAUCAUGUCUUCCAAAUAUUGUUUUCAAUGAUUUGUAACAUUAAUUCACAAAAUAAAGAUUUAUCAAAAAUUU